AUGGGUGGUCAAGUGUCCAAGAUUAUGGGGAAGAUUUUCGGUACGAAGGAGAUGCGGAUUUUGAUGCUGGGUUUGGAUGCUGCUGGAAAGACCACAAUCCUCUACAAAUUGAAGCUCACCAAUCAGGACGUCACCACUAUCCCUACCGUCGGUUUUAACGUUGAAAGCGUCACCUACAAGAAUGUCAAGUUCAAUGUUUGGGAUGUUGGUGGACAGGACAAGAUCAGACCCCUCUGGAGACACUACUACUCUGGCACACAAGGAUUGAUUUUCGUCGUGGACUCCAGCGACACUGCUCGUUUGGAGGAAGCUCGCUCCGAACUUCACAAGAUUAUCAACGAUCGCGAAAUGAAGGAUGCUCUUCUGCUGGUCUUUGCUAACAAGCAGGAUGUUCAAGGCCACAUGAGCCCCGAGGAAGUUACUCAAGCGCUACAGCUCACCAAGUUGAAGGAUAAGCUGUGGUACGUUGCUCCAAGUGUCGCAACGGAGGGAACUGGUAUCUUUGAGGGCCUGGCAUGGCUCUCCAACAACGUCAAGACGCAACCUCAGAAAUAA